UAAAUCGCCAAAACAUGAUUUACGAACGAAGAGCUAAAGAUAUUCAAGUCACGAUUUACGAUACGGCUUAACAAGAAUUCACGACGAAGCAGCUCACCAUGUCUGACAGCUACAGCAGUUCCUCCUAUUCCUACAGCUCCAUCAGCAACACCACAGAUGGCACGACGACCACUGGCCAUCGCUACACAACCACCUCUCUGACCAACCCGGACGGUACGACCAUCGUGCGCACCGCCCGUCAAGACCUAGGCCAGCCCGCCAUCAUCGAAGAACGACGCUACGACCGCACAGGCCAGGAACAGCUCCUCCCAGCCCCAACAGGCACGACCUCGGCAGGCGGGAUCAAGCGCAUCACCGAUCUAGACGAGGAAAAGACAACCGGGUCGACGGCUCUUGACGCGGGGAGCGCAUAUGGGAGUGCGGCGGGGGUAUCGUGGGAUGGGGGUGAGGAUGAGGUUGGACGAAGGACGUACGAUACCGGUUCCCCUUUUGGUGCUAGGACUUACAAUCCGCGUUUAGGAGUUUACGAUCAGUCUAGGGAUUAUGAUUCGGAUGGAGUGCCGCGACGGUAUCGGGGAAGGGUGGAUCGGAAUGGAUAUACGAAGACGAAGGGGGAGGAGAGGGAGUAUGAAGAUCCCAAUACGGGGGCGAGGUUGAGGCGGUUGUCGGAUGUAGAUAUGUCUGAGGUUACUCUCUAGAUCAGGGGGAUUAUGAAUAUAAAUAUAUAAUAAACUAUCACUAUACUGUC